GAACUCACACCGACGGACAUGGGGAACUGCCAGGCGGCGGACGCGGCGGCCGUGGUGAUCCAGCACCCGGGCGACGGCAAGGUGGAGCGCCUCCACUGGCCGGCCACCGCGGCGGACGUCAUGCGCAGGAACCCCGGCCACUACGUCGCCCUCGUCGUCCUCCAUCACGUCUCUGGCGGCGGCGUUGACCCCGACCCCGCCGUCGCCGGAGAAGGAGCAGGUGCCAGGAUAACCAAGGUGAAGCUCCUCAAGCCCCGGGACACGCUCCACCUCGGCCAGGUCUACCGCCUCAUCACCUCCCAAGAGGUGACCAAGGCCGUGCAGACGAGGAGGCAGGAGAGGACGCGCGGCUUCGACGAGGCGACCGAGCAGGAGCGGCCGCGGCUGCACCGGCGGCGGCAACCGCCGAGGCCGAGGAGCGACAACGCAGCCACGGAAACCAACGGAGAACAGAGGCAGCCCGCCGAUCAUCAGGAACGGAAGCGGCUGGAGAAGGACCGGCACCACCGGAGCAUCGCGGCCGCCCGCGGCAGAGGCCGCCACUGGCGGCCGGCGCUGCAGAGCAUCAUAGAGUCGUCGUCGUCGUCGGGCGGACACGCCGACUGCGAGGAUAUACUAUCUAAAUGAACCAGAAAUGGUAGGAGGAGCUAGGAUUGUGUACAUUUCGCGAGAGGAGCAGCAAGGCGUCGUCGCCAGAGAGUUGCCCUUUCGUUGCAGCCAUGGAACAGUGAUCUGAACGUGCGUGAAAAUCUGAAAAUACAUCCGCCGGCCUCUCCUGCUUUCUGAAUCUGGUCUGGUGAUGCAGCACCAUGCAUUACUCGUGCCGCCGCCGAAUCGCCAAGUGUGCUGGCUAGUUGCUGUUGAGACGAGAUCCAACGGUUUAUACACGUCGCGCACCAUCCGGCACGCGCUAUUCGUGGUCACGCGAGGCCGGAUGUAUGCUCAUUGUGUUACCUUGCUGCUAGAUUACGAGUUCUCAGUUUCAAAAAUGUACGUGUGCUCAUAGAUUAGUACUCCACAUUGAUGCAGAAAUGUCAUUACAUUGAUGCAGGACCAGGUUCGAUACUGAACCCCGCGGUACACCAACCUAAGUUUCAUUUUUCAGU